ACGGAACAUGCCCUGAUGGCUGAACCGAACCCCAAAUAAAACCAAACAAUUAUAAUUUUAAUUUCCAACAAAAACAAUAUAUAAGUAAUAUAAUAAUAAUAAAUUAUGUCUACUGAUUCUGAGAUGAAAGCCAAAAUUGACCAAGCUUGUAGGGUAGCUGAAGAAUUCACAAAACUCUACUAUGAAACCAUCGAUAAACGAAGACACCUGAUGUCCAGAUUAUAUUUGGAUUCGGCAGUAUCAUCUUGGAAUGGUAAUGGAAUUAAAGGACAUGAUAGAAUUCAGCAGUUCAUCAUUGACUUACCAGGUUCAGAUCAUACAAUGGUUACAUUGGAUUCUCAACCAAUACUUGACUCAGCCACAGCUGGUUUACUAACUUUCAUGGUCCAAACCAGUGGAAUAGUAAAAUAUCAGGACAAAACCCCAAAAACUUUUCAACAGAACUUUAUAGUAACAGCUCCAGGAGAUAAGUGGAAAAUUGUCAGUGAUUGUUUCAGAAUACAAGAAAGAUUGACCAAGUAGUUUUGAAAUGUAUAAAUUUUUUUUAUAUAAAUAAACUAGAUAUUUUAAACACAUUUAUUUAUUUAUAAGAUCCAAUAAAAAUUACAUACAAAACACUUAAUUGGUAGAAAAAUUAUGGGUACACUAAAAAAAAAAUAAUUGAGAAAUGAGAGCUUAUGUGUUCAGUCAAGUAAAUGAGGAGUCUUUGGAAAAGAAUCAUGAUUCUGAGCACUUAAAAACACAGCCAUAAUUUCAAGCAAAACUAGAACAAAGAAUGAUGGGGCUACAGCUUUACACACUCCCUUUAAAGUAGAGAUUACAAAUUUUUUGCUCUCAAAAAAAUUAGCUUUAAAGCAAAAUUCUAUAGAUAUGCUACCUACAUGAUACACGUAUAUAUUAAUAUUGUAUGUGAAAAACCCAAAAAUUUAAAGAUUGGCAUCAUCAGGCUGCAAAUUGUUGGCUGGAUCUAGAUCUGGGAUUCCUCCUACAGCUCCCUCUUCAUUAUCCACUACAGGCAUAUCUGUUGGAGCAUUAUCUGCCAUAGUAGGGUUGUUGACAAUAAUUGGAUUA